GUUUCUCCAACUCACGAUGUUUAUAUACGGGGCGUCGCAUCUCGAGAAAUGAAGAACCCACCAUCAUACGAGAGUCGAAUCAUCUCUUUGUUACCUCGACUGAGUUAGAAAAUAUGACGACUGAAGUUAACACGGAGAAGAAGAUUGAGAGCAAUACUGCUGAUGCUAAAAGCAUUGCGGGACAUGAAGCGCAGUGGCAAGGUUUGCGAAGGGUCCCUGAUAAGUUACCCAAGAUCGCAUUGUUGAUCUUGGCCGUUGAGCUCGGUGAGCGAUUUACCUACUUUGGUCUCUCUGGACCGAUCCAGAAUUACAUCAACAACCCAUAUGAUCCCAGCUCCGACCUUCCUGGUGCUCUUGGCAAAGGUCAAGCUGUUGCCACAGCGCUCGGUAACUUCUUCAAGUUUUGGGCCUACGCUUCAACGGUCAUUGGUGCUAUCGUCGCUGACCAGUAUCUUGGCAAGUUCCGAGCCAUCUGCUGCGCAUGUGUCGUGUAUGUCAUCGGCCUCGUCAUUCUCGUCUCGACUUCAACACCUACAGCCCUCCUUAAUAAUGCCGGCCUCGGCGGUCUUAUCGCUGCUAUGGUAACCAUUGGAUUGGGAACAGGAGGUAUCAAGGCGAAUGUUACGCCUAUGUGUGCUGAACAGUAUCAGCACUCGCAUCCGGUUCUCAAGACUCUCAAGUCAGGAGAGGAGGUCAUUGUUGAUCCGGAACUCACGGUGCAGAGACUCUUCAUGUGGUUCUACUGGGUUGUCAAUAUUGGAGCUCUUUCACCGCUCAUCACAGUCAACGUCGAAGCCCACCAUUCUUUCUGGCUGGCAUACUUGGUUCCCCUGAUUGCCAUCCUCAUUUCCGCCGCUGUCUUCAUCUCUGGACGAAAUAAAUACAUCCGUGUUCCACCAGUUGGCUCAGCCAUCCUCGACGCAUGCCGCACAACCAGCAUCGCCAUCAAGGAGAAGGGCUUCAACAACGCCCGCCCAUCAGUACUCAGAGCAACAGGGCAUGACGACAAAUAUCCUCUGGCCAGUCAACAGAGAUACACUGAUGAGUAUGUUGGAGAUGUUCAGCGAGGACUCAAGAGCUGCAAGAUGUUCCUGUUCUUCCCGUUCUACUUCAUCUGCUGGAAUCAGAUGUGGAAUAACCUCAUUUCACAAGCUGGAACCAUGGCUCUUCAUGGAACACCCAAUGAUCUUCUCCAAAACCUCGAUCCCAUCGCUCUUUGCUUCUUCAUUCCCUUCCUCGACUUGAUUGUGUAUCCUAUGCUGCGAAAGUAUAGAAUCGACUUUGACCCUGUAACCCGCAUCUUCAUGGGUUUCAUGUUCGCCUCUAUCUCAAUGGCCUACGCAUGCGUUCUCCAGCAUUACAUCUACAAGUCACCACCAAACAGUAUCCACGUUUGGAUUCAAGCGCCAUCUUAUAUCCUCGUGGCCUUGUCUGAAGCCUUCGUUAUCAUCACAGGUCUCGAGCUAGCCUUUACCCAAGCACCAAAGAAUCUUCGAUCUGUCAUCUCAGCUCUGUUCUGGCUGACCAUUGCCGUUGCCGCUGCGAUCUGCAUUGCACUUGGUGCAGUUUCUCAGGACCCAUAUCUCGUGUGGAUGUAUGGAGCUGUAGGAAUUUCAGGUUUUAUCGCUGGUUGUGCAUUCUACGCCUGUUUCUAUAAAGGGCGGAAGCAACAUCUCUCCAGAGAUGACAUUGUCAUCGAAGGCAGUUUAGGGAACUAGAGCUUAUAUGAAUAUACAAAAUAAAGAGGUCGACCAAUAUGGGCCGGCCUAUUCGUUGAC